AUGACGAUGCAGCCCGAAAUCAGAAAUACGAAACUCAACUUUCUCGACCUUCCGAACGAGUUGAUAUUUAGGAUCCUAGAAUCCCCAUCCUUGAAGAAAUCAGAUCAUGCCCGCUUCGCUCGGAUAAAUCAGCGACUUAAUGCGAUAUGCACCGAAGUCUUAUACCGCCAUUUACAAAUAGAAUGUCCAUUAGAUCGGACGGAGUAUCGGAAGCUUGGCGAAGCGUACUUGAGAAACGAUAGUGCCCCUCAUGUUCGUGAAGUCACGAUAAACACGUGCACAUACUUCAAUACAGAAAGCACAAUUGCCCGUAUAUACCUUUCCCUCGAGGAUAAUGAACAUCUAGGAAAGCGGCGGAAGAUAAUAAGGCCGAGAGAGCGGGAACUUUCGUACUACCCAAUUAUUUUCAUGACGUUUCACAACCUUAUACCCCUAGUCCUGGGGUUUCAGAAUCUUCGCAAGCUAGAGAUCUGUGACGAUCUCGGCAAUCUCGGGUUUGCCGAUACCCUUGAUAUCGUAGCAUAUUCACUUGAGAGGAAUGGAAAUCUAAAAGAGCUAGAUAUUACGCAAAAAUUUGGGGCGAACGUCGGCAAUUACGUGGGUGCUAAGCAGAUGAUGAUGGUGCGAAAGAAACAGGGUUGGAAUGUUGUAGCGAGGUUGAGGAGGCUGCGGAUACGAUUCAUACGGUAUUGUACGGAAUUUAUCCGCGAGCGCUACAAUACGAAGCAUUGGAUGGAGUCAUGGAUAGCCGUCAUGCAAGGAGCUACAAGCUCCCUUGAAGAGUUUGUGAUAGAGGAAAUACAUACCUAUGAUGUGGAGUGUCAGUAUCGGUUGAAUCCGGAUACAAUUCCCAUGCCUGGAGCCGAAGACGAUGGAACGGAUGGAGUGGUUCUUUGGGAACUGCCUUGCGUGAAACUCUUGGAAAUGAAGGUAUGCGCUUUCGGGGGGCUUCCGCUUCAGAUGUCGUACCUGGACGUGAAUACUCUGAACAAUGUCAAAGAAUUUCGACUGAAUAUAAAAGCGGAAUUUACCCCGGAUGAUUUACGGAAGAUUGCAAUAAAUUUAUCUUGCCUCGAGAACCUUGAAAUACUGGAGUUCGAACAUUGUGGUGUAGUACGCAGAGCUCCGGCUAUGGUGUGGAAGAGUCGCAAUGAUGUAAUCGGAAGCGCCAGCGGGCGCGCUCAAAUGGAAGAAAAGGAGAAAGAGGUGUAUAAACACGCAGCAAAACUCUGUGCCUUGUAUAUCACCCUACUCAAGAAGAUUAUCUGGAAGAGUGUGAGAUACGUCGAUAAGAGUGUUUGGCAGUUCGAGAGUUAUGUGAUAAGGCAGUCAGAAAGGGGACGCCAUCUUAUCAAAAGUGGAUCCCCGAUAGUCAAAAUUCCCGUCAAGCUGGCGAGCCUUACCAGUCCUCCAGCUUUCCAGGUCAUUACUCUGGGAGCUGGAGGAGGACCUAGCGAGGAAGGUGUCACUGGAUUUCUCGUCAGAUCCACAGCCACUGACUGGUCGCCUGGCUCUAUCCUCGCUGUCGACGCCGGUAGCCAUCUCGCUUCCAUCAUCCGUAUCCUUGAGAAUACUUCGUCUCCUCAACAUCCCACAACUCCAACAACCCCUAACUCGACUAGACGCCGAGUCUCUUCGAUCCAACACCGCGACCUCACCGUAAAUACCAAUGCUUCAAAUCCUCCUUCGCACUUCCAGGGGUGUGACCUGCCUUUCAAGACACCACGUGCAAAUGCUGCCCACAUUUUCCGCGAACUUGUCGGUGGUUACUGUAUCACCCAUCCACACCUCGACCAUAUUUCGGGCCUCGUAAUCAACACGGCGGGCAUGCUCCCACACAACGCAAAAAAGACAAUCGCAGCCUUACCUCCCACGAUCGAAGCCUUAAAACUCCACGUCUUCAAUGAUAUAAUCUGGCCAAAUCUUAGCGACGAAAAUGGUGGUGUCGGCUUUCUCACUUACCAACGGCUCGUGGACGCCUCAGUCGUUGAUGGCAAGAUUGAGUACCGCAAAGUUGUCGAUGGUCUGUCGGUGCAAGCAUGGCCUGUGUCUCACGGGCACUGCAUGCAUAAACACACCCACCGCGGUAGUGACGCGGCGAUGGUAGCGACGGAGGAUGGAGGACCGCAGAAAUGCGUGUUUAAACCAUCAACUCUCCGGUCAGCUACUUGGCAAAAGAAAUGUGUGUACGAUUCAUCUUGCUUCUUCAUCAGGGACGACUAUACAUCCAAGGAGAUCAUGAUAUUUGGAGACGUGGAACCCGAUAGUGUAUCAAUCUCGGAACCCAGGAGAAACGUUUACAUCUGGAAUUACGCAGCAGAGAAGGUGCACAGUGGUGUGUUAGAGGCUAUUUUUAUCGAGUCCAGCUACGAUAUCCACCAGAAAGACGAGUUCCUAUACGGACACUUGACACCAAGACAUAUUGUUGAGGAGUUGCAAGUUCUUGCAAGCAAGGUGCUACUGCAGAAAGAGCGGGAAGCGAGACGGUAUUCAGUGCCUAAGAGGCGGAGAACUAAUAAUGGUUAUGCUGAACGCUCGCAGUCACUUUUGCAAAUUGAUCCUUUCGACGCAGAAUUCUUGCAGCCUUUGAGCCAAUACAACUCUGAUGGCGAAAGUGAUGUACCAAGGUCACCUACCGAUGUCGAGGGUCUGACUACAGCAUCAAACAUUGGUAUCCAACGGCGGUCAUCUGGUGGAAAGAGACGAAGAGAAGACGACGAUGAUGAUCAACCGGAAUAUACUUCUGUCCCCACCCAGAAUGUGUCACCAAUUUCGAUGGUGAGCAAUGCGGGGGGUCCAGUUGAUACAGCACUACCCCUUAAAGGAUUGAAGAUUGUUAUCAUCCAUAUCAAAGACGAUUUUGACGACGAUAAAGAUGUUAGACAAAGUAUUCUAGCGAAUUUAAAAAGGCUGGGAGAAAAGGCGGGAUUAGGUUGCGAGUUCGAGCUAGCAGAGACCGGGGGUUCGAUGUUCUUCUAG